CAAAGCAGACUGGAGUUCAGCUCUCUUCUACAUGUGCAUGUUACUGGCAGAGCUGAAAAACAGCUGGGAAAACAAAUACUAAACAUGACUCGUUGGUUUUGAGGGAAAGGAGGCUGUGAUGCGCUUAUCCCAAUUCAAAUACUGCAGUACCAGUAAGGGUGCACACGAGUCCCGUGAGGAAUACCCGAGAAGAGAGUCCUAUGUUAGCGAUGGCUUAUUAGACCCAAAACAUAAACCGAAUCGGCCUGAUCAGCUAAAAACAUCUUAUCAUGCGUACAGUGAAUGAGAAAGAGGCCUGCUGGAUUAAAACGUUUCUAUAAUUAUAUACAUAUACAGAUAAUCAACAUUCAUUAUGCAAUCAUUGGAAAAGUUACAAAAUAAAUUAAUAAAGCAAAUAAAAUGCAUGGUGUGCCGAUGUUUUAAUAGUGUCUUUGCAAAACGAUGUAUUAAAUAAGGAUUAUAUAUGGCAGCGUCACAGCUGUAUCUACCGGUAUAUACAUUUGCAUAUAUGUAUAAACUGUGCAGUCUAGGGCAUCUGUGGGAUAUCAGUGACAGUGCUAAACUGGUAGAGUUGCUGUAGUUUCGUUUUCAGCAGCCUCGUCCGCAGCUGUACCCUUUCCAGUUUUUCUGGUAACCUUGAGUUGCAAAACAUGAGUAGCAGGAAGUGGAAAGAAGAGCAGAUUGUAAUGACAAGUAACACCCAGAAUAUAAGGACCUAGAUUCAAGAACACGGCUCCAUUUCACCGGGAAGCCGUCAGUAUAUUAAUAAUUCAGACCGCCAACUUUCAAAUAUACAUGAUAAAGAUUAAAGUGCCUGCAUUCAAAGACAGUCAACAAAAAAAAAAAAAUAUAUAUAUAAAUAAAAAUACCGCAACUUGCAGUUUGAUUCAGUGACAUAAACAAAACACUACGCCAUGUCGACAGAUGAAAUGGUUGUGUUUUUUCAAGACCAUGCGACAGGAAUCGCUGCUGCGGCGGUUGCCGGAAUGAGUCUGCUUGCACUGCGGAAGUGGUUUGCUGGGGGAGUUUGCAGGAGCAAGGCGAGGCUGGACGGGAAGACGGUUUUAAUCACCGGUGCCAACAUAGGGAUUGGCAAGGAGACUGCGCAGGACCUGGCACGAAGGGGGGCGCGGGUCAUCAUGGCGUGCAGAGAUAUGGACAAGGCCAGCGAGGUAGCAGAGGAGAUCAGACAGAAGACUGGCAACGGUAACGUGGUCAUCAAGAAGCUGGACCUGGCCUCCCUGGAGUCCGUACGGCAUCUCGCUGAGGAAAUCCAGCACGAGGAGGAACGGCUGGACCUUCUCAUCAACAAUGCGGGGAUUAUGAUGUGUCCAAAGUGGAAGACGGAGGAUGGCUUUGAGAUGCAGUUUGGUGUCAAUCACCUAGGUCACUUCCUGUUGACCAACUCCCUCCUCGAUCUGCUGAAGAAGUCUUCUCCCAGCCGUGUGGUCAACGUGUCCAGCUUAGCUCAUGAGAAAGGCCAGAUUCACUUUGAUGAUAUUAACCUGGAUAAAGACUACAACCCUUACAAGAGCUACAGGCAGAGCAAGCUGGCUAACAUCCUCUUCACCAGGGAACUCGCUCGCAGAUUGCAAGGUACAGGCGUGACUGCUAAUAGCCUGCACCCAGGAGCGGUGCGCACCGCACUCGGGAGACACAUAAUGCCUACCAUAGCUGUAUGGAUGAAGAUUAUAUUCACCCCAUUUAUCCUGCUUCUGUUCAAGACUCCAUGGCAGGGAGCUCAGACCACAAUCCACUGCGCCGUGGCUGAAGAGCUGGAGCACACCAGCGGUUUGUACUUCAGUGACUGUGCUCCCAAGAAAGUCGCCUCUCAAGCUACAGAUGAUGAAGCAGCCAGAAGACUGUGGGAGCUGAGUGCCCAGAUGGUGGGCCUGAAGCAGUGAUGAUCACAUCCUUUUGCAACUUUCAGUAUUUAGGAUGGGGGGGGGGGGCUGUUAGCAAAGCAGCAGUUUCGAACUUUCAGAAAACAAAUUGAAUAAAAAAAAAACUUUGAAAAGGUGACGAGCAAAUGACGUGAAAUGAUACUAAAGUGUACAAAUGGAAUAAUCAGACCGGCCAGCCUUCCUAUAUUGCAUCUUUUUCAAAGGCAAUGCAGGUGUCAUUCUGGGACUUCUGUAUUGCAUAGCGAUCAUAAUCAUCCACUAUCAAUCACUCAGUGGCACCGAGUUAAGAAAUACUAAGAGAAACACAAAUUCAAAUGUCUGGAAGCCUUAUUUAGUUUCCAUUAGUAUUUCUUAAAGGCUUACACAUUUAGCAGUGUGUAUACUGCACAGUUGGAUCUGUGCUAUUGCUGUGUAGUUGACUGGAAGGACCUGGAACUUUGAAUAAUAUACAUGUAACUUUUAAAGUGCCUUUUCACUGUAGAACUUUUGUUUUCCUAAUUUCAGAUUUUAAACAUUAAUAUCAGUUGAACAACAAUAAAAUAAACAUUUGUUGUAUGGUU